CUUCGCUCAAUUUCGAGCCCUGGCCAGCAGCAGCGAGGCAGGGCACUGCAUCAGCACCGGCGGAAUUAUGGCAACCCUCCCUGAUCCAUUCCGAGGAACAACACUACGCUCUGUAGGUGUCCAUCAAAAGAAGUCAGCCAACGCAGAUCAACGUUUGGGAGACACGACUCCAAUGCGCAGUCGUCCUCUCUUUAGGUCACGGCCGGCAUGCGAUUCGGAGCUGCAACCAGCGCGGCAUCCUCUAGCGUCGACUCGCAAACUCAGUUCGGCAGAAUGUAUGCACGACCAAGUAUACAAAACCGGAAGCAAAGUAAGAUCAUCAGCUGGCAGACAAGCCUGAGAAACCCUCCGGAGCUCCGCAACAAAAUUCGCCGCCCACUCGUUCUAACCGCGUGAAAG